AGAAUAGUCCUUUUCCUGCGAAGAAAACUUCCAACAAUUUUAAAAUAAACAUCUGCUAAUAUUAAUCUGCUAAACGCUCAAAAUAAAAGAAAAACAAUAACUAAGCAAAUAAUCAAAUUGUCUCUUGUCUAGAACAGUCAGACACAUUUGCAAUCUUAUAAUUUAACGUUUGUAAUGGAUAAUCAAAGGAAAACCUUAAGUUCAAGUUCGGACAGUUCUUCAUGGAAAGAGAAGUGGUUCAUAAUGAAGCAUGAUAAUCAAACGCAAUGUUUGAUCUAUGGAACCAUUACGAAUUCAAAGAAAUAUAAUGUCGGAAGACAUUAUAACACAAAACAUGGAGCCACUUAUGACAAGAUAGAAGGACCGAAGCAAAUUCAACUUUUGCACGAUUUAAAAUCAGCUGUUUCCAACAAUAAAGAAGAAGAAUCGGAAUUAAGUAAGCCUGCAUUGUAUGCCAGUUACAAAAUUGCUCAUCUUAUUGCACGUGAAUCACAUCCAUUUAGCAUUGGUCCAUUUCUCAAACAAUGUUUAGAAAUUGCCGCAGAAACAAUAUAUCCUAAUGAUAUUAAUAAAUUUAAAUCAAUUAGUCUCUCUUCUCGAACUGUAGUACGUCGCAUUGAAAAAUUAGCUGAAGAUCUCGAGCGACAAUUGGUAUUAAAAGCAAACAAUUUUAUUGCUUUUUCAUUAGCUCUCGACGAGAGUACUGAUAUCGUUGAUACUGCACAAUUG